UGUUUUUAUUUGUUCCUGUCAUGCACACUUUCAGAGAAAUUUCUCAGAAUCUGUUAGAAAAACUACCACCGAACAGUUUUACGGGCCUCAAGAAUCUACUUAAACUGUCUCUGACGUAUAACAACAUUCAGUUUAUUCUCAAAGACGCUUUCAAUGGCCUGUAUUCCCUGCAAAUAUUGGACCUGACAGGAAACUAUCUCCAAACAUGGAAUGCCCGAGGUGCCUCAAUGUACCUUCGAUCUUUGAUCAUCAUUGAUGUACAAGGAAACAUGGGAUGGAAGCCAGAAGAAAACCAACUUUUCGAAUUACCAAGAUUAAAGGAAAUUAGGAAUGUGUCCUGGGCCGCUGAAUGCGCGGACUGCUGGCUCAUCAAAAAAGUUAGCGAGGACGCUCUCGAAAUCUACAACAAGUCAUAUUUCACAUCAACAAGUGCAAAACAAUGCAUCAUACAUCAUUACACGUUUAGUGAUUAUCUUACAAUGCUCGCACGGCACCGUUUUGUAGUCAAAGAAUGCAGGAAUGUAACGGAUUGCAUUUUACGAAAGGAAGCCAAUGUUACUAAUACUUACCUUUGUUGGCGUUUAAACCAACGCGUCGUCUCAGGUCAGCUGUUAUUAGGGACACUCGGAGCUGUUCUGAACAUGGUGGUGUUUUUUAACAUUCUGUUGACUAGAUCCUUACGAAAGAAUGUGUCCAUGGUAUUCUUGUGUAAUUUAGCCCUGGGAGACACAUUGAUUUGCGUGUUUUUAGUUCUAAUGGCAUCAAUGAUAGUGAGCUAUCGAUACCAAGACUUUGAGAACAUUUUGGAAAGUCUUUGCCCCAGAGUUGGAUUUCUCUGGGUACUCGGGCAAUGCGCGACCUCCAUUACCUCUGUCGCACUCACUGUGGAGCGAUACCUUUGCAUAGUUUUCAGCAUGAAGCCUGACAUUCGAGUAACACCGAGGUUAGCUUCCCUGGCGGUUGCUGUUAAUUGGGUCUUUGCUGCAUUGUUUAUGUCUGUCGCCCUUUACUUCAACAUAUACCGGCUCAACUACCUUUGUAUACCAAUGAUCUACGACAUGAGGUUUCCCAUUGCAACCCAUUACAGUAUUGCUCUGGGCUCUAUCGCACUAACUCUUUACCUGGUUACCAUUCCCUUGUAUGUUCACAUUUACAAGGUUGUCAAACAAUCCAGUGAGCAAAUGGGAAUCCAGCGAGAGUCUACUCUAGCCAAGCGAAUCGCAAUCUUAGUAGGGACUAACUUAGUGUUCUUUUUCUUACCUAUUCUAUCGCUGGGGGCAUGGAAGUUGCUCGUGAAUUCUAGCCAUCAAAUGCAGCAGUCCAUUUAUUUCAGGAGAGCAAUAAGCGAUUGGAUUCCUCAGUAUUGUUUAACCAUUAAUUCCUGUUUGAAUCCUUUGGUGCACGCCUUUAGAAAUGAUAAGUUCAAAAAUGCUUUAAAACAGAAGCUGCCAUUGAGAUGCAACACUAGUAAAGUGACGCCUGCCACUCAGAAAAACAGUGAUUCUAUCCCCACCUAUAAAUUACAAAAAAGGCAUUCAGCUGGAGGUAGUUCGACAUGAAUUGCUGUCUCAGAUUGCCCCUACAACAUUUUUCUCCGUGGAAACUUCAUUCGGACAGCUAACUAAAUCAUAAGGGAAGUCGAAGAAAGAAGUUGUUGGUGUCAUAGAUGAUUUGUUCCUUCUUCCUUUUCCGUGACUCCUACGCGCCUCAGCCCACCUCGUGUCCACUGAAUCGGAUUCUCUCUCUAAAAAAACUCACUAUCACAGUAGCGAUAGGGUACAAGUCUGUUCCAUUUCUAUGUAUCAGUG